UUUAUGGUUGCAGUAACAAUGAAGAGAAGAAAUGAUCCAGAGUGCACUGCCCCUAUCAAAAAACAGAAGAAAAGAGUUGCAGAGCUUGGCCUGAACCUCAGCUCUACAUCAGAUGAUGAACCUCCCUCCUGUGUCAAUCAUGCAGCAAAAGUAUCUACCACAAGCCUCAGUGGGUCUGACAGUGAGACCGAGGGAAAGCAACGCAGCUCUGAUUCUUUCGAUGAUGCGUUCAAAGCAGACUCUCUCGUGGAGGGAACUUCUUCCCGCUAUUCCAUGUAUAACAGCGUCUCCCAGAAGCUUAUGGCCAAGAUGGGCUUCAAGGAAGGUGAAGGAUUGGGUAAAUACAGCCAGGGUCGGAAGGACAUCGUUGAGGCCUCUAAUCAGAAAGGUCGAAGAGGCUUGGGUCUGACAUUGCAAGGCUUUGACCAGGAGUUGAAUGUGGACUGGCGGGAUGAGCCAGAGCCCAGUGCCUGUGAGCAGGUGUCAUGGUUCCCAGAAUGUACCACUGAAAUUCCUGAUACUCAGGAAAUGAGCGAUUGGAUGGUUGUGGGAAAGAGAAAGAUGGUUAUUGAAGAUGAAACAGAGUUUUGUGGGGAAAACCUACUUCACAGUGUGCUGCAGUGUAAGAAUGUGUUUGAUGUCCUAGAUGGGGAGGAGAUGCGGCGAGCUCGGACCCGGGCCAAUCCCUACGAGAUGAUCCGAGGAGUCUUCUUCCUAAACAGGGCGGCAAUGAAGAUGGCUAAUAUGGAUUUUGUGUUUGAUCGCAUUUUUACAAAUCCACGGGACUCUUGCGGGAAACCACUGGUGAAGGAUCGGGAAGCUGAGCUUCUGUACUUUGCUGACGUCUGUGCAGGCCCCGGUGGCUUCUCGGAGUAUGUGCUGUGGAGGAAGAAGUGGCACGCGAAGGGCUUUGGAAUGACUCUGAAGGGCCCAAAUGACUUUAAGCUGGAGGACUUCUACUCAGCCUCCAGUGAACUCUUUGAACCUUACUACGGUGAGGGUGGGAUCGAUGGAGAUGGAGACAUCACCCGCCCAGAGAACAUCACUGCUUUUCGGAAUUUUGUUCUGGAUAACACAGAUCGCAAGGGCGUCCACUUUCUGAUGGCCGAUGGGGGUUUUUCUGUGGAGGGACAGGAGAACCUGCAAGAGAUCCUCAGCAAGCAGCUGCUACUCUGUCAGUUCCUUAUGGCGCUCUCUGUUGUCCGGACAGGAGGCCACUUCAUCUGUAAAACCUUUGACCUGUUCACACCAUUCAGCGUGGGGCUCAUCUACCUGCUGUAUUGCUGCUUCGAACGAGUAUGUCUCUUUAAGCCAAUUACCAGCCGUCCUGCCAAUUCCGAGAGGUAUGUGGUGUGCAAGGGCCUGAAGGUGGGCAUAGAUGACGUGCGGGAUUACCUCUUCUCAGUCAAUAUUAAACUCAAUCAGCUGCGGAACACCGAUUCCGAUGUCAACCUUGUGGUUCCCUUAGAGGUGAUCAAGGGAGACCAUGAAUUUACCGACUACAUGAUACGGUCCAAUGAAAGCCACUGUAGUCUGCAGAUCAAAGCUCUGGCCAAAAUCCAUGCUUUUGUUCAAGACACGAGCCUGAAUGAGCCUCGGCAGGCAGAGAUCCGGAAACAGUGCCUCCGUCUUUGGGGGAUCCCAGACCAGGCUCGAGUCGCUCCUUCUUCCUCAGACCCGAAAUCUAAAUUCUUUGAGCUAAUCCAGGGCACUGAGAUUGACAUCUUCAGCUAUAAGCCCACGCUGCUCACCUCCAAAACCUUGGAGAAGAUCCGUCCAGUGCUCGACUACCGCUGCAUGGUGUCUGGCAGUGAGCAGAAGUUCCUCCUUGGCCUGGGGAAAUCACAGAUCUACACAUGGGAUGGCCGCCAGUCAGACCGCUGGGUCAAGCUGGACCUGAAGACAGAGCUACCCAGGGACACUCUGCUCUCUGUGGAGAUUGUCCAUGAGCUCAAAGGGGAGGGGAAGGCCCAGCGGAAGAUUAGUGCGAUCCACAUCCUCGAUGUCCUUGUGCUGAAUGGCAGCGACGUGCGGGAGCAGCACUUUAACCAGCGAAUUCAGCUUGCUGAGAAAUUUGUGAAAGCUGUUUCCAAGCCUAGUCGGCCUGACAUGAAUCCCAUCAGGGUGAAGGAGGUGUACAGGCUGGAGGAAAUGGAGAAGAUUUUUGUCAGGCUGGAGAUGAAGAUCAUCAAGGGCUCUAGUGGCACACCGAAGCUCAGCUACACAGGACGGGAUGACCGGCACUUUGUGCCCACUGGUCUCUACAUUGUCCGGACAGUGAAUGAGCCAUGGACCAUGGGAUUCAGCAAAAGCUUUAAGAGGAAGUUCUUCUACAACAAGAAAACCAAGAACUCUACCUACGAGCUCCCUGCAGAAGCCAUCGCCCCAUUUCACAUCUGCUACUAUGGCCGGCUCUUCUGGGAAUGGGGGGAUGGCAUCCGUGUACAUGACUCCCAGAAGCCCCAGGACCCGGACAAGCUGUCCAAGGAGGAUGUCCUCUCCUUCAUCCAGACGCACAGCGCCUGAGGGCCCAGGGACACCCACUCCAGCUGACUGCCCUGUCUUUGAGAGUCAGGGUGCUCUGCCUGGGCCCACAGUACUGGUUCCUUCUAUGGGGGGUGGGUGGUCUCCUGUCCAUCUCCCCUGAAGAGCUCAGUCGUGGGCCUUCAGAGGACACUCACGUGUUCCUUCUGGGACACCUUUUAGACUUCCUUCCCUGGAGACCUGCCUGGGACUGUCUCCCCUGCCAAGACUCAGCCUGAAAGACGCUGCUCCUACGGCGGGUGUGCGGUCAGGGCCCAGGGCCCGUGGGGCCGGCGGAGGAUGUGUCAGAGAGCAGCAGGGCUUUAGCUCUGCUCUGCUCUUCUCUCCUGUAGACUCACUUUUCUGAGUUCUGUGCACUGCCCUGAGGGCCCCAGCUUUGCCCAGCUUUUUACUGGGCCAACCCUGAGUGGGUGAAGGCCCACUGGCGUGAGCUGGCCAGGAGCAGUUCCUGUAUAAAUCAAGGUUUUGUUUCUUUGACCUUGUUCUGUUUCGAUGCCAAGUUGGAGAAGAUUUUCUUGUCUUGUCCCCCACCCUGUCUUGGUCUUCCCUGGAGUUCUCAGCCUAGACCUCUGACAGUCCCGCAGGCCGGGAAGGGAGGUGUGUGGGCCCAUGUCCCUGACACCACAUCAGGAUGCAAACAGCACUGUCUUUGGUAGUGCAUGUGACUGCCUCCUGGGGUGGUAGAGCCUUCCUGGGCCCCAUCCCCUUUUGACCUGAACCUUGGGCAGCUCUAGAAGGGGAGGAAGCACCCUCGAAGCCCUGCCUUUUUCUAUGCCCAGCAGCAGUGCCCCCACUUCAACAGAGGGUACCUCUGGGGUUGGGUCGCACCCAGCUCUCUGGCAAUCAUGGCACCCUCAUUUAUCACAGCCACCUUGCUACCCUUCCCCCCCUUUUUCUUCGCCAAUAGGGGGGUACAGUCACUUUUGUCAUUUUAUGGUCACACUAUUCCUCUGGUGGUGGCAGAGGGGGAAGAGGGAAGCUGGGCAGUAGCUUUCUGUGGGGAGGGCACUAGUGGUUGUUUUUAAUGGGAAAUACCUAUCAGAGAUAUUCCUACAGGCUCCCCAGGGCCCCAUCCCAAUGCUAGACUGGUUUCCAUGGAGAUAGGGCUCCCUGUGAGGUUGGAAUUUGCUCGGCCUUGGGGUGGGAGUGGGUCUCCAGCCAACAUCCAGUCCCCCCCACCCCCCACCCCCGGGUUGGCAGCAGCACUGCUAAAAUGCUGUAUUUCCACCCAGUUCUGGGUAUAUCAGUGUGUCUUGCAAAAUCUUGGAUCAUUAAAGAUAAACAUAUUUUUAA